AUGGGCGUGAUUUUGAGACUUUGCAUCAGGUGUUUUGCAGCGGGAGCAGCCGCCAACUCCUGGAACCUCGCACGAAAGGUUUGGAUUGCGGCAGAGGUGCCCAAGCAGGUUCGCGGGCGCAUUACUGGAACUUUGACUGGCAUGAGUCGGUGGGCUGGGCUUUUUGGUGCGUUGUUGGGAGGUGUCGUUGCGGAGAUCAACACUCGAGACAUCUUUCUCCUGCAAGCAGCCUUCUCCUCCUCUGCGCUAGCGGUUCUCCUGGCGUACCAGCAAUGCCAAAAUCGGGAGCUUUCGGAAGACACGGGCCGAAAGUCUGCCCGUGAGAAGCUUGCUCAACAGGAGCCGGCGCAUUCCAUCGCGGAAGUUCUUCACGCAUCCUUUUAUGGGCUUUGGACUGCAGGCACUUAUGCGCUGAUGCUGAACGGCUGUCGGCAGACUUGGCUCAUUCUGCUCCCCAUGCAGGGCCGUGAGGCUGGCCUAAGCAAAGCAACCAUUGGUGGCCUCGUGGCGGCUGGCAAGUUUGUAGAUGGGCUCGUGGGCAUGACAAUCAGUGGGGAGCUCAUGGACCGUUGGGGACGGCGCAGCGUUGGCGCCCCGGCGAUGAUCAUCAUCUCCCUGGCGUACUGGCUCUCGGCCACGGCUUCGGGAUGCUGGGGCAUCUUCGGUGCCUCGCUACUCUUCGGCCUGGGCAACGGUCUGACCGGUGGAAUUGCCAGCACACUCUCGGCGGAUUUGGCACCCAGCUGGGCACGGGCACAGUUCAUGGGCCUGUGGAAAAUGGUGACGUCCAAUGGAAGCCUCCUUUUCCCAAUGCUCUUCGGGCUUCUAGCGAGUCAGCUGCACUCCUUGGACAAGGCUACGUACCUGCUCCAGCUGUUGGGUGUUGCCGCUGCCUUGUGGCUGUGGUUUCUGGUGCCGGAGACCUGCAGAGACAUUCGAGACGGAGCUGUCCAGAAAGACGGCAAGGAGAGCCUCCUGAACGAGUCGGACAGGCAAAACCUCGAUCUGAAUGCUCGUGCAGAUCUUGGGACCACUGAUGGCGAGCCUGUCUCGCCUGUCUCACCCACUGCUGGCGAAGCCGUCUGCAGAGACCCAGGGAAGUUACAGACCGCGCUGGAGGCAGCACAAGGCGUGCUGCUGGAUGUGGAGGUACAGUGGGGCCAGGGCGAGCUCACCAAAAUCUCCCCCGAAGCAGCUCCAGCAGCUGGAAUCGCGCACGUGAAGCCGAACAAGGCGACCAGGUUUGUGGACGUGUCAGACGCCACAGCGGGCCAUCCUUUGAGUGUUCCAGGAGGCAAAAGAGAUUGGGACGAUGAAGACACGGAGGUGCUGCGAGAUAUAGUACCAGCGGCCCGCACUGUGCCGCCGAGCAAGACGGGAAUCAACGGCUGGGUCAGCGAAGGGGAAGGCGCAGUACCCGAAGGUCAAACAGAAGUCCGGAAGACGCUUCUUCAGCGAGCUGCAAGCUAUUUCAACUGCUUCUCGACUGAUGAUGACGAGGACAAACGCAGGAAGAUGAGGAGGGGCACGCUGUACCACGCGCAGGUAGAAGAGCAGGAAGUGAAGCUGGACGAAGAGGUGGGCAUGGGCAUGACCUAUUCAUGCCACGUGAACAUCCUCCAUUUGGCCAGAGUCAUAAAGGCCAACAUUCUAGAAGCGUUGCAGUAUGUUGCAGUUUAA